AAGUUGGAGAAAUUGUGCAAUCAAUUUGAACUCACUCACUCAUUAACUCAGUCGUUGAAUCUUUUUCCGCGAGGAAACUACCACUUACAACCCACUUCACCUAUAAAGUUAUAAAUAGCCUGGUCAAUCAGCCACAUUGGCAUUUCCGGAAAAUGUCGAGGAAAUCAGAAGGCUUCGCCAAAGGGAAGCAACUCUCAAACGGUUGACUACGUGUGAAGGGAAACAAGGAAGUGUGGAUUUAUUUUACAUUUUUCUGGAAUCUGUCAUAAUUUGAAAGGAUACGAGUGAUUUUUGAAGUCGUAAAAUGAUAUAGACACACAUGCUUGGCAGUGGUGUGUAGUUCCUUCCCUGACAUGAAGCACACUAUGAGGCCUUUACAUCUCUGGAGGAAGGUGUUGUCACUUGCCAUUAUCAUCAAUGUACUGAUGAGUAUGACCUUGACCCCAUGUCAAGGGAAGGUCAUCCAACUCAAGCUGCAUCAUGGUCACAAAGAUAUGGAGUUUGCUGCCGGUCAGCGCAAUAGACGUGCGGCCAGUUUGUCUCAGAACCUUCAUGGUCAGUCAGGCGAGGGGUACUAUAUUGAGAUGAACAUCGGCACGCCUCCUCAGAAGCUUAACGUCCUUGUUGACACCGGAAGUAGCAACUUUGCCAUCGCAGCAUCACAGGACGAUCAGAUCAACAAGUAUUUUUACAUCAAUGAGUCGUCCACGUACGAGGACAGCGGGACGUCUGUGUAUGUGCCCUACACCCAGGGGGACUGGACAGGGGAGCUGGCCACCGACCUGGUCAACCUCCCCUCGCUGCCCAACAUCACCGUCAGGUCCAACAUUGCCUUCAUCACCAGGUCUUCCAACUUCUUCAUCAACACUUCAGACUGGCAGGGCAUCAUCGGUUUUGCAUAUCAGGAAAUAGCAAGGCCUGACGGGGAUGUGGAGCCGUUCCUCGACAGUCUGGUGAAGGAGGGCCAUGUCCGAAACCUCUUCUCCAUCCAGCUUUGUGGAGCUAAGGCGCUUGCCAACUCCAUCUCACUCAACCUCAGCACCAACUCAAUGGAUGGCACCAUGUUGUUGGGUGGGAUGUCGGACUCUCUCUAUAAUGGCAACAUCUUCUACACACCCAUACACCGGGAGUGGUACUACGAGGUUGUCAUCACCGAUAUCCUUGUCAACAACCAAAGCCUAAAGCUGGAUUGUAAAGAGUACAACUAUGACAAAACCAUUGUGGACAGUGGAACCACAAACCUCCGUCUCCCUGACAAAGUCUUCCAGGCCCUAGUGAAGAGCAUCCAGGCCAAACUCAAUGUUCCAGACUGGUAUCCGUCUUCGUUCUUCUGGGGCGGGACGGAGGUGGUGUGUUGGCCGAAACUGUCCGUCCCCUACAUGGGCUUCCCUACGGUGACUGUAGCCCUCAUCAUGACCAACAACACGUUCUUCCAUCUGACUCUACUACCUCAGCAAUACCUACGUCCAGUGCAAGACCCCAGUGAUCAAACAUUGAGUGGCUUCUGUUUCAAGUUCGGCAUCUCCUCGUCUACAGCCGGUACUGUGUUGGGAGCUGUGUUGAUGGAGGGCUUCUAUGUGGUAUUUGACCGGGAACAGAAACGGAUCGGCUUUGCAGAGACCACAUGUCCUCCCAGAGAUCCCAGCUCUGCAGGUCCGGACUCAAAAAUCGCCGGCCCUUUCACAAAUACAGAAAAGCACCUGAUGAGCCAAUGUGCCUAUAAGAAAGCAGACAAGCAGAGUGGCACCCUGCUCGUGGUGGCCUACGUCAUGGCCGGAGUGUGUGUCCUCUGUGUCAUGCCCCUGAUCGUCAUGGUCAUACAGUACCAGCUCCGCAAAUGUCGAGGUCAUCCAAGGGGAGAGAACUCUGACACAGGGAAUCUCAUUAACAGAUGACAACCACUAACAACUGUGGAAUGAUAUCAAGUUUUCACACACGUGGGGGUCGUACAUAUUUAAAUAUAUUUAAGCUAUGAGGGAUCUUUUUUUUUCCACCAGUCCCCAGUAAAAUGUGUGGCAGAUUUAUUCAUUUUUGUUGGCUGAUCAGCUGAAUAUUUGAAAUGAAUGUGUAUAACAAUACCAUCAAAUUUACUCCCAAAACUUAUGAAUACCUGUAGCUUGCUGUUCCGAGUAUUUCCUUCUAAAACAGCUAUUACUUUUAAAAAAUCAAGUGUCUAUGAGAAAUAUGUGUACAGGUUCUUUUUCUUAACAAAUCAACUUGGUUUUUUUAAUAUUAAAAACAUGCAUUCUAAAGUUUGUAUGAAUAUGAAUAAGACUUGUUUUUGAAAGACACCACUUCAACUGUUGUCUUAAUGGUGACUGAGAUGUUCUAGUGACCCCGAAAUAACAAAUCCCUAACAAAAAUAUUUUUGACAGAGAUAGUAUUUCAUAUUCGUUAUGAGCGCUGGGACUUCCACUAUGACAUAAUGACUAUGAACAAGAUAUGUUGAGAAAUGUUUGAGAAAUUCUGCUUACUUAUGAAAGAUAUUCAGACAAUUUUGUUCAUUAAAAUAAUUUUCUUAGAAGUCAAAAAAUGUCUGUCUCAUGUUGUAGUUUGCAACAUAUUAAUAAUAUGAUGGUAUAUUUUGGGUCUGAACAAACAGACAUUUUUUUACUGCUUCCAAAGACAUUUCACAUUUUCCUGGGGACUGAUACGUUUGGUGAGGUACUUUUACUUUUACAUCGAAAACCUUUCGUUGGUAUUUUAAAUAUUUUGAUCUUUGUGCACUACAAUUUUAGACAAUGCUUAUUUCAACAACAAAAAUAACACUGAUUUUCGGAUAAGUUUUGAACAUGCUUACUUGUAUAUAUGCCGUAUAUAUUUAAGGAAAGGAAAACCAUUUUAUUAUUGCAAAAUGUUUGAUAUAUUUUGUAACUACAGUAGAACAUGGAUAUAAUCAACUACAAGGGACUGGAGAAAUGAGUUUGUUAUAUUUAUUUCGCCUCAGGAAGGUCGGCCAUCUUGGAUAAAACAAAACACAAUACGAGUGACCUGACGACUUUGACGUAAUCUCGUGAAAUUUAUAUGUUAAUUUUACAGACAAUAUUUGUCCAAUUUGAAUCGUCACCGCUGAUUGUGUUGAUUUGCCGCUGAUUGCGUACAGCCAAUUGUCAGUGACAUUUGACGCUGGGUGAGAUUUCUCUGUUCGCUUUUCACAUCAUUAAUUAGUGGUAUUUGGAAUUUUCGGAUCAGAUAUCAGUUCACUAUAUACGUAAGCUCGCUGUAGAGUUUGUUAUAUACAUGCAUUUUAUAUGAUAAUAUAUAGAAGAUAGAUUUUGUAACUGUCCGCUGUAUCCUUAUGUUCGCCCUAUCCAUGAUAGUGUUAUCCGUGUCCUACUGCACUUUGUUCCAGCUAGCCUGGAUGUUGUUAUUGUUGUUUGAGUGUUGUUUUGUUGUGCUGUUUGCACAAAACAUCCACUCCUAUACACAUGGGACAGUAUCAAAAUAAUAAUGACCUUUUUCAGGAACUAGGUCAUGCCAUGACCUUGACCUAUAAUGAUUGUCUUCCUUACUGUGACCGAGAGUUGCCUCUAGAUUUUAAGAUUGUUGCUGUCUGUCAUAACUUGAUGACAAACUUGACAGCUUAAAAAGUAACUGUGCUCCUAAUUAUGAGUUUAUUUAUAACUGAAUAUUAAGUUUCGUGAUGUGGAUCAUAAGAGUCACCAUAUUUGCCCUGAGUGCCUACAAGUUGACAAGAGGGGCCGCUUAUUGCCUGUAUCUCAGACUCUAGAGAAUAAACUGAAAAUUGAAUCCAACUCAAGUCUAGAAUGAUUUGGCAAGUCUAGAUUGCCUCAGCUCUAAGAAGCAUUGUUCUGGGCUCCAUUUGUUUUUUUGUUUUUUUUAGAUAAAUAUUUUUGAAUAAGAUAACUUUUUUCUGGGACUAAUUGUUAGUCCACGACACUUAUUAAAACCACACAAAAUGAGUAAAAAUUGCUGUCUGAGAUCGAGCGGUUGUGACUUAGUUCAAACAACGAUGAGACUGGACUGUUCUCGAUGAUUGUUUCAAGGCACACAUAGCCCUUCGCUGUAUUCUGUAACUUAUCUGUAAGAUGCACAAGAAAAUAUAGAACGUCAUGUACAUUUUUGGUCUUAUAGUGGGUGCUUAAUCCUUCCAGUCAGUGCUUCAAAACAUAUCAUUUGUUUUCUUCUAAAGAAGGAACCAAACUAUUUUGGGUGGUUCCACAAUACACUAUGACCACUGAACUCUGAGCUCGCGAUAACUUUUUGAGCGAUUGGGUUUUCACUCUUGGGUUUCCAUUUUGAUUGGGUUAUUACAUUUUUCAUUGGGUAACUAAUAUUUUUUCACUCAUGUUUUCAUCACUCUAUUGUUUUUUUCCAAAAAUUAGUGAACAUUUUAAGAUUAUGAAAAAAUGAAUUAAUGUUCUAAAUACAUAGUCUUGACAUGGAAAGUAAAUUAGCUCGUAAUUGUGUUUCGGAAAUUAGGUCAUUUGUAUGCAUGCUGAAAAAGCCUCAUUGGUUAUUUACGCAUGCUGUUUUUAUACAUUGAGUUUUUCAUUUAAUGCAUGCAUUUCUGUAUGCAAGUUAAUUGAAAGUAAUUGGGUUUUGAAUAUUUUGGAGGGUAUUUUUACACAAAUAUGCUGCUUAUCUGUAGCUCUGGUGAACUAUAUUCAAAGGGGGGCUAAACACUGAGGAAGUUUCGUAUUCAGCAUUAAAAUAUCCCUUCCCCCCUUCUCCCAAUACAUCAAACGGUCGACCCCUGAGAAGCAUUUAACAAAUGUUAUAUUUCGGAUAACACUUUCUCAGUAAAGUACAGAUUCUUGAGUUGAAUCCCAUCUGGGAUUCGAACCCACACUGCCAGAGUGAGGCACCUAAUCAUCGCCAGCACACAAAGUCAGCAAUCUAACCCUCUCAGCCACCAAGGAAGCCUUAAGUUGUGGCUCGAAUCCUGGAUCGGACUCAACCAAAAAAUGUUCUAUAAUGUGUACUUUACUGCGAAAGUGUUAUCCAAAAUAUUACAUUUGUUACAUUUGACCACUUUCUAAAUGGCAUUGUGUGUUCAUACCUUAGAAGCAUGCAAUGUGUAUUUUGAUGUGUAAGUUAAUAUUCUAUUUUAUGCUUGAAUAUACCCGAGUUCUCAGAUCUUUGUUUCGUUUUAAUGACUCAAGUUUACUUUGUCUGAUUUCUGUCUGAUUUGUGUCUGUUGUCAUCUGGGGGCAGUGGUGGCCUUGUGGUUGAAGCACCUGCUCAUCACGCUGAAGACCUAGGUUCAGUUCCAGCACGGGUGCAGUGUGUCUUGUCCUGUUCUGGUCACCACAAAUAGCUGGAAAAUUGCAGAUUCGGCAUAAAACAAUAUUCAUUUAAUCCUGUUCUGGUAUUCAGUACGUCUGUAAUAUGACCUAGGUUAAGUUCCCAACACGGGUGCAGUGUGUCUUGUCCUGUUCCGGUUGCCACAAAUAGCUGGAAAAUUGCAGAUUCGGCAUAAAACAAUAUUCAUUUAAUCCUGUUCUGGUAUUCAGUACGUCUGUAAUAUGGCAUUAAACUCCUCACACAGUCACACUGGAGAAUGGAACACAGACUUGUUGGAAUAGCAGAAGGUGACUUUUGAUGUAUGGCAUCAAGUACCCCCGGUAUGUAUCAUGAGUAUCACCUGUACCAUGUGUAUCAUUUCUGGGUGGGCUGCAAUACACCUACCUCAUGUAUUGAUACAUAUCUCGAUACACUGCCCUGUUUUUGUCUAAGGCUUAAAACAAUAAAAGAAUUGGUUUUCAGGCAAUGGCUUUUUAAAAUAUAGUGGGGGUGGGCUGUGUUUUUUUGUGUUUUUUAUUUUGGUUGUUCAAGCUAGUACGUAACCAAAUUUUGUUUACAAUAAUUUCAACAAAAUCAUGUUUUUCGUAAGUAUUGUAGCAUUUCACUGCUGGGAUCGUGUGUUCAAGAUGUGGAAUAUCUUAAGAUUAUUUUUUUUAAAAGUGGAAAUAAAAACGAAACGUGCGGCAGACUUUAUGAUGAUGCGGGCAUGCCUGAGAACCAAGACUUAUAUUUUUUUGCCUAACGUGACUGUCACACUAGCCUUGUUGUAUAAGGCUAUUGUUGGUCACCGUUUGUCUUCAACAAGAAUCACUGGUUGAUGCCACUUGUUCUUAACGUAAGCCAGACUUAACAUUUUGUUUUGUUUAGGCUCUCCUGAUCAAUAUCAGACUGUAGGGCUGGGACGAGUCCAAAUUUACUACCCGGGUACCCGCCACCCUAUUACCCGGCCCUACCCGGGUACCCGCUAUAGGUCUCAAGAGUUGGGUACAAAAUGUCCGAAUGGGAAUUGUUUUACCGCAGCCCUGGCAAAAACUAUUUAGAUACAUGUAUAAAACAAUCUGAUCAUGUAUACAUGUAUAAUCUGCAGUUGAUAGACGCUUUAUCCUUACUUGAACAUAUAAAGGUCAGAACGAAGGCUUGCAUAGUGAGAAAGAAAUGUGAACAUUAGCUAUACUUGCAGUGCAACAAUUGAGUUUUAUUGUUAAUGUCAUUAAACAGUAUGUCACGUGACAAACCACGGGUCUGGGUAGUCAUGUGGGUACCCGGGUCCUACUCAGGACCCACCCGACCCGAGUACCCGAGUUACCCGUC